AUCUCAGAGUUUCCAGAAGAAAAGAUCAAGGAGGAAUUAUCAAGAAUAGAUUCUUUUUCUGAAUGGCCACAACCUUGGCCCUUCAGACUGCAGAGAUGCAGGAGGGUUCUCUGACAGCAAAGGUAAAGGAAGAAGAAGAGGACCAUUCAUGUGGGCCAGAAUCAGGCCUGUCAAGAAAUAACUCUCAUACCACAGAGAUCUUUCGUAGACGCUUCAGGCAGUUCUGUUAUCAAGAGACUGCUGGGCCCCGGGAGGCUCUUCGAAGACUCCGAGAGCUCUGCCAUCAGUGGCUGAGACCAGAGAUGCACACUAAGGAGCAGAUCCUGGAGCUCCUGGUACUGGAGCAGUUCCUGACCAUCUUGCCUGAGGAGCUCCAGGCCUGGGUGAGAGAGCACCACCCUGUGAGUGGAGAGGAGGCAGUGACUGUGCUGGAGGAUUUGGAGCAAGAGCUGGACGAGCCAGGAGAACAGGUCCUGACCCAUGCUCAUGAGCAGGAAGAGUUCAUAAAGGAGAAGGCAAGUCCAGGAGCAGCUCAGGAGUCAUCAAGUGGCCAGUUCCAAACCUUGGAGGAGGAGCUUCCAUGUAAUUUGCAAGAGGUGUGCCCGGUUCAGGAGAUUGAUGGUGAAGCUAGGACUUGGAAUGUGGAGUUAGCCCCAAAGAGGGAUAUUUCUAAGGAAAUAAAAUCUCUCAUACAAGUUUCUGGAAAAUUGAAUGGUGAUAUUACUCAGAUGCCUGAAUGUGGAGACACCUCUGACCAUGAGGGCAGAUUGGAAAGGCAACGGGGAAGCUCUUCAGCAGACAGACCCUAUAUCUGUGGCGAAUGUGGAAAAAGCUUCACCCAGAAUUCUAUCCUUAUCGAGCACCAAAGAACGCACACGGGUGAGAAGCCCUAUGAAUGUGAUGAAUGUGGGAGAGCCUUCAGCCAGCGGUCAGGCUUAUUCCAGCACCAGAGACUCCACACUGGGGAGAAGCGCUACCAGUGCAGCAUUUGUGGCAAAGCCUUUAGCCAGAACGCCGGGCUUUUCCAUCACCUCAGAAUCCACACUGGGGAAAAACCUUACCAAUGUAAUCAGUGCAAUAAGAGUUUUAGUCGACGUUCCGUCCUCAUUAAACAUCACAGAAUUCACACUGGAGAGAGACCUUAUGAAUGUGAAGAAUGUGGCAAGAACUUCAUUUACCAUUGCAACCUCAUCCAGCAUCGGAAAGUCCACCCUAUGGCUGAAUCGAGCUAACACCUUGGAACAGGUAGGG